AUGCCACCGGAGCCAGAUAUUGAGAUUCUUUCUCAAAUCAUGGCCCCGGAAUGUGCAUACUACCGAGUUCGUGUGAAGCAGAGAGUCCAUUAUCUCACCAUUUUGUCCGGUGUAUUUGACAAAGAUACCAUGCGUCAACCGGAUCUCCUCCUCCCCAAACUCCCGGAGCUCCCCGACUCGCCCUGGACCACUAUGACUAUCUCGCGGGGCGGAGAUGGUUCUCUCAAAUCAAGAAUAUCUACGGAUCAGCUUCCCGGGGUCAAGGGAAUCUGGCAUGACGUGUGCAUCGACAUUUUUAGCCUAAAGUGGAAGAAUUGUCUCAAAAAAGAUCGAGUCUAUGAAGUUGAAUAUGAAGGUGCACCUGCAGUCGCCAAGAUCGCAUGCUUCGAAUGGUGCUUACUCCGGAUUGAGAGGGAGACGUGGGCGUACUCGAAAAUAGAAAGCUACCGUCGCGAACAUCCUGAUGAGCCCCCCAUUGCCCCGGAAUUCCUCGGUCAUUUGACUGAGAACGGUAGAACCAUUGGUUUUCUUCUGGAAAAGGUGAAUGGAAAGCCGGCCGUUGUUAAUGACUUGGCCAACUGCGAGGCACUUCUUCGCAGACUGCAUCGUCUGAAAUUGGUUCAUGGUGACCCGAAUACUCACAAUUUCAUUGUCGAUAGGGCUUCUGGAGGCAAGGUGCGCUUGAUUGAUUUUGAAACCGCCAUGGACUUUGACGAGUACGCGGCUAGAGACGAUUUGGACUUUUGCCUCGGAUUUUAG